AUGCUAGGUCUCAGAGACUUUGCGUUCUUGAAAAGCACCUUUGUUCCCAAGGAUACCGAUGCAAAUAGUCUUGCCCUCUACCUGAGUACCAGCUUUCACCUCUACCCUUCUGAGACGAAGAAGAAGAAGAAGAAGAAGAAGAAGAAGAAGAAGAAGAAGAAGAAGAAGAAGAAGAAGAAGAAGAAGAAGAAGAAGAAGAAGAAGAAGAAGAAGAAGAGGGAAGAAAAAGAAGUAUAUUCUUUCAUCCAACAGAAAACUUAG